AUGAUUUCGUUUGAUCGAAUUCUUGAAACCAAAAUUGGCACAGGAUUUUACCAAUUUAAAACACUCUUUAUAAUUGGUUUGGUCGAAUUUUGCGAUGGCAUUGAAUUUACUUUUAUGUCUAUUUUGAUUGCUAUUCUCUAAAAAGAAUGGGAUUUGAAUUAAGCAGAAGUUGCAUCUUUAGGAUCCUCUUUUCUUUUUGGAGUUGUUUUAGGAAAUUUAUUAUGUGCAUUCUCUGCAGAUAUAUUAGGCAGAAAAGUUACAUUUACAAUAUUCACAGGUUUGAGUUCGUUUUUAGUUUUUUAUACAAGUUUUAGUCAUUCAUAUGGAGAAAUGAUAGUGCUGAGACUUUGUUUUGGUUUAGUUUUUGGAACGACAUGUCCUUUAGGAUAUAUUUUUAUAUCGGAAGUCACAGAAGCAAAAUAUAGAGGCAGAUUUUCAUUUGGAUUAUCCUUACUUUAUAUUUUUGGAAAAAUUUAUUUUGUUUUCCUCUGUUUCUUCUUUUUAGAUAGCUAUACAUCAGGCAAUUGGAGAGGUUUAAUUAGAUUUAAUGGAAUACCUAUUACUGCAGCUUUUAUAUUGUCAUUAUUUUUCAUUAAGGAAACUAUAAGAUACCAUUUAAAUAAAGAGGAAUAUUAAAAGGCCUUUUAAGAGAUUCAAAUCAUUAUUUUAGAGAAUAGUAAUGGAAAUGCUUUAUUAUCAGAUGAAGAUGUAAGAUAUAUGUUUUAUUAAUCUAGAAAAAAGGUUUAUAAGAAUGGUCUCAAAAAUAAAUAAAAGAAUAAAAAGAAUAAGAAUUACACUUAUAUGGAGUCUUAUCAAAGGAAUAUAGAAAAGAAACUUUACUAUUUUGGUUAGUGUGCAUUCUUACAAAUCUAUAAAACAUGAGUAUUUAUUUAUUGAUGCCAUUUCUAUUUGCAGAAAAUAAAUCCGGAUUCACACCAAUGUUAAAUAUGUUUAUAAUUGAAUUUUUGUUUGCAUUAAUCCUCUAUUAAAUAAUUGAUAAUCCUCAUUAUGGAGGCAGAAUUAAAAUUAUGGUUUUUUCAGCUGCUGCUCUUUUUGUUGCAAAUGGCCUAUUAUAUGUUUUCAGGAAUUCAUUUUUAUUUGUAGGUUUAUUCAUAAUUAAAAUCUCUACAAGAGGGCUUUUUUUAACCAUAGGAUUACUCACUUGUGAAACCUAUCCUCUGUAUUUAAGAUCUUAAGGAUGUGGUUUAGUUUAGGCAAUAGGUAAAAUUGGUGCUAUUCCAUCACCUUAUUUUUUGUUCCCCUUAUUUUUUAUAGAUCCAUACUUACCUUUUGGAUUGAUGUGUAUCUUAUCUAUUGUUAUCUUAACUGUAACUUGUUUUUUCAACUAAGAUAAAACUCUAAGGCACUUAGAAACCUUAAAAGAAGAAUGA